GCAGGGGAAGCAGCAGCCACCCCCCAGCUCCCUGCGCCUGCCAAGCGCUGGGCCCCAUGGAGCUGCUCCAGCGACACCUGCCCGGGCUGCACCGCGUCCUGCGGGGGGCACUGGAUUACGUCUCCAGCUUCUCCACCUACCUCUUGGGGGAGCAGGCGCACCCGGGCGCAGAGGAUCAUGGGACAAGCGGGGAGACUGACUCCUCCGACCCCCCCAAGGGGGUGUCAGCAGGCGGCUAUGGGGAAGGAGACCCAGAGCAUUAUGGGGAGGAGGCGCCGGGGGGGCAGCAUGAGGCCGCUGGACACCCGGCCCUGCAGGUGCCCCCAGAUACCCAAGACCCCACCCCCCAGGGGGGCCGCACGGUGCUGAGGGGGUCCGGAGCCCGCAUGGGGUCUGUGUCAGACCAGGACACCCCCCACCCCCUCUGGGCAUGGCCGGGGGCUGUGAGCCUGGAGCCUGGAUGUGGGGAGCUGACAGCCCCAGGGGGCCGGGCACCACCCCCCAGCCCCUCCCUCAGCCGGGAGCCCGGCCCCCCAGCUCUGCCCCCGGCCAGAGGGGGGCGCAGCCUGCAGACCCAGCGGGAGCAGGAAGAGGAGAGGCCAGAGGGGAGGCCCCGGGAGGGGGAGCCUGGGGGACACAGGACCAGGGUAGGGGCCCACGGGGAGGAGGAGGGGGACCCCGAGGGGGGUGUCAGCCCACCAGGGGCCCCCACGGAGCAAGUGGGGGGUGGGGGGAGCAGCAUCUGGCUGGGGACCCAGAGGGAGGGGGAAGCAGUGGCGGAGGGGAGCUGGCCCCAGGGAGGGGCCCCGGGCCACCCCCCCCUCUGCCUCGUCCCCCAGCUCGAGCUCCCAGAUGGCGCCCAGCCCCCCCUGCCGGAGCCCGGAGUGGUCGCCCCCCUGGACGUGAGUGCGCAGAGGAGCCGGGUGCUGCUGCGGAGGAAGGGGUCGGUGCGCCGGGCGCCCAGCCUGCGGGCCCAGAGACCCCCCGGGGGGGCCCCGCCCGAGACCCUGCCCCAGCCCCCUCCCCGGGGCCCCCCGGGGGGCUUCCUGCCCCCCCAGCCACAGGCACCCAGGAGGCAGCUCCCAGGGCAUGCUGGCUUCGGCCUCGCCCACCCCAACAUGAUGGCAGAGCUGAAGUUUCGUCUGCGCAGACCCCCGCCCCAGUGACGCUGCCCCACCCCCACGCGCUGGGGACCCUGGGGGGCGGGGGCUUGUGCCACUUCCUGGCCGGGCAGCCCCCCCUCCCCCUGCUGCCUGGGAUCGGACCCAGGCGUCCUGGUGUGUCUGGGGACCAUGGAAUAAAGAAAAGACGUGUGAAAGGAGUGUGGGGCGUGGAACCGGGGGGGCGACAGGGGGGCAGGACGUGGCAGGUACUGUAGGACCUACCAAAAUCAUAGAGGCUGAAGGGUGGGGAAGGUUCCAGGAAAGAAGAUGCACCUGACAGCCCAUGAGUUCCUGUAGGACCUACCAAAAUAGCACCUUGUGGGUUCUGUUUACUUCGCGUAUCAGUCAGCACGAGGUUCCCAGAAACCCCCAGGGCGAAGGGGAAUGAGGAGGGGCUGAGUCAUCCAGAAACAGGGAACGGAAAAGAGAAACCAGGCGAGAGAACCCAGGCGUCCGGGCUCCUGCCCUCCCCGAGCUGGGAGAGAACCCAGGCAUCCGGGCUGUGGGAAAACAACGAGACCCUUCACAUU